AUGGCAUCUCGCUUCCUCCAGCGCCCCAGCGUGCGCAUCUCCGUCGGCAUGACCAAGCUCUGGUUCGCCUGGCACCUCGUCGCCACGCACGGCUUCCAGGUCGACCCUGCCGACGGCCCCUCGAUGCUGCCCACCUUUUCCACGUACGGCGACUGGAUCGGCACCGACAAGCGCUUCCGGUACGGCCGCGGCGUCCGCAUCGGCGACCUCGUCCUCUACCAGAUGCCCUAUGCCGCCCACGACAUGGGCGUCAAGCGCGUCACCGGCCUGCCCGGCGACUACGUCUCGGUCGGGACGCCGGGACAGCCAGGACAGGAGAUUAUGAUUCAGAUUCCAGACGGCCAUUGCUGGAUUGUGGGAGACAACUUAGUGGCGUCACGAGAUUCAAGAACCUUUGGCCCAUUACCCCUCGCCCUCAUACAAGGCAAGGUUGUCGCAAAAGUCUUACCGUGGAACGAACGGCAAUGGUUCGAGAAUCCGCUACAACGCGUCGAGCAAUAG